ACCUUCCACCACGUCGUCGAAAAUCGCGUUCCCUACGUUCACUCAACAUACUUUUGCUCAUCUAUACACAAACCAUAUAGAUUACGACGAAAAAUUCGCGUUGAUCUUUAAUCACAAAAUCAUCGCGGGGUACGAACAAUAAGAAAAAAAUAAAUAACAAAACUGAAAGCUGUCUUCGGACUAAAAUCUCGCCAUCGGGUCCUUUUGGAAUAAAUCAAUUGACUAAAGAUUGCUAUUAUUUUUUUCGAAAAAGUUGAUCUUGAUCAUCAUGUACGGAUGCGGACGGUAAAACCGUCCAUUCUUUGUUCUCGAGUGAAAAAAGAAUGAAAAAAAGAUAUUGUUUUGAAAAAACAAAAGAUAAAGUGUGUUCUGUGAAUUUAAAAACAAAUUUUUGAUGUGUUAUAAAUUUUUAACUAAAUCAGAAUCAGUAAUUUGAGAAAUGCUACUUGUGGAAUUUUUUAGUGUUUUCGAUUUGAAAUAUGAGACAAAGGAAGACAAUGAUUUUAAAAGUGUUGUUAAUAUUUAUUGGCGAAUGGACCUACAAAAUUGGAUUGCGUUCUGAUAAAUUUAGUGUCAAGAAUGGAACGCUUCUUGUAUCUUCAGUGAAAGUUAAUUUUUAAUAAUUACUGAAGACUUUUGAUUCAGCAAGAAAAAAAAAAUAACAGAACAAGAGCGACAAGAGACGCUGAAAUAAAUUUUAGUGUUUGUGCUGGAGAACAUUUUCGCUAAAUCGAAAAUUAGAGGAGUUUUAAUCAUAAAACGUUGACAAUCCAUAAUGCAACCAUUUUCAACGAGCACAACAAUGGCGACAGAUCCACCGACAAGUUUACCUCCAGAACGUGGACCAUCGCCAACGCCAUGUCGAAAUUUAACAUUUUCCAUAGCAAAAAUAAUGGAACCCGACAAACGUCUCACCGAGUGCAAUCAAUCAUCACAACAAAAUGCCGCAACAAUAAUUCAUCAAUCGCAAACAAUUUCAACUCUCACCUACUCGGCCCAUUUGGAAUCAGCCUUUAAAAAAUACGUCCCCACAAUACGACAUCAAAGUCUUCUUCAACACUAUCCCCUUCUCUACUAUCAUCCAAGUCCCCUAUUAAGAGCAUUCCCCAAUCCAGGACUCCCAACACCGCCAUCAUCAACAACAACAGCAUCAACAACAACAUCUUCAUCAUCAGCAGCAUCCACUCAAAAUUCCCCACCACCACCAAAUUUUCAAGAAUCAUCACAACAUAAUCAUUCAACAACCGAUCGACGUGGCAAAAAACGACCCCUAUCACCAUCGCCACCAGUAACAAAUUUAUCAAAACAAAAAACAUUCACGUGCAACGAGUGCGGCAAAGUGUUCAAUGCUCAUUACAAUCUCACCCGACACAUGCCCGUUCACACUGGUGCAAGGCCAUUUGUCUGCAAGAUAUGCGGCAAGGGUUUUCGUCAGGCGAGCACCCUAUGCCGUCACAAGAUCAUUCACACCGCCGAGAAACCCCACAAGUGUGGAACCUGUGGAAAAGCCUUUAAUCGUAGUUCAACAUUGAAUACACAUACGCGAAUACACGCAAAUUUUAAGCCAUUUGUCUGUGAAUUUUGCGGCAAGGGCUUCCAUCAGAAGGGCAAUUAUAAAAAUCAUAAAUUAACGCACAGCGGUGAGAAGGCAUAUAAAUGUAGUAUUUGCAAUAAGGCAUUUCAUCAGGUUUAUAAUUUAACAUUUCACAUGCACACGCACAAUGAUAAGAAGCCAUUUUCAUGUAAAAUUUGCGGUAAGGGCUUCUGCAGGAAUUUUGAUCUCAAGAAACAUAUGAGAAAAUUGCACGAUGCCGGUUCACCGAUUAUGAAUGGUUUAGGUGGAACAUCGGCAUCGCAAAAUCAUCAUAAUCAUCAUGGUCAACAUCAGGCUGGCUAUUCGUCGGUUCAUCAUUCGUCGGGUCAUCCAUUUGUCAGUCCAUUUCUAUUGCCACCGCCGGGUUCAACGAGUUAUUUAUGCAAAAUGUUGUGACAUGAGAAUGUUCACUAUGUGAGAAACAAGAGUCAAUAUCCAUUAAUGAUUGGAUCAUCGUCAUCGUGUUAUCCUUCGGAUAUUGGUGCACUUGUUCAAUCUUCCAAGUGAAGAUGAAAUCUUCAUUUGAUCAGUGAUAUAUAUAUAUUAUAUGAUAUAAAGUAAGGGAACAUUAGGAAAGUAUUGUAUAUGUAAAUGAUUAAAUUGAUUCAGGAGAGAGUGGAGGAUUAUACAGUGCCGAUCAUAAUUUUUUAUGUUCUGGAAACUAUUAUGAAAACGGUUGCUAUCGUAAUGGUUACGAUAGCGACUGUGAAUGUGGUAAUCGUUAGUAUACUAACGGCUACUAUGGUAACGAUUAAUAUACUAACUGUUAUUGUGGUAAUUGUUACUGUACUAACGGUUACCAUGGUAAUUUUUACUAUACUAACGGUUACCAUGGUAACGAUUAAUAUCUAGCAAGGUUGUUAUAGUAACUGUUGCUUAGAAACGAUUUCUACAGCAAUAAUUACCAUAGCAACCGUUACCAUACCAAAAGUUUUCGCAAUAGUGAUUACUGUAUAGCAACGGUUACCAUACCAAUAAUUUUCUUGUAACGAUUACCAUAGCAACAGUUGUUACAGCAACUGGUACCUAGCUACGAUUACUAUGGCGAUGACUACUAUAUAGUAACCGUUACCAUACCAACAGUUUCCAUAGUAACAAUUACUGUAACAACGGUUACCAUAACAAUAAUUUCCACAGCAACGAUAACCAUGGUAACAGUUUUCAUAGUAACCACUACCUAGCAACUAUACCCUAUUAGCACAGAAUUAUUCCAUUCACAUUCCUGGAAUAUUCAGUCGAAUCUUAAGUAAUAUUCCAAAGAAAUAUUUCUAUUCAGUUGGAACACUGAAAACAUUCCGAAGGUCGGCAAUUUUAAUAUAAUUAAAAUGUGGACGGAAUAUUCCUUCAGAAUAAAGUGGAAAUAUUCGACUUAAAUAUUGUGGGAAUAUUCCAUUGGAAUUUUGUGAAAUUAUUUUUUUAUUACUAUUAAU